AAAUCUGUUACUUAUGACCGUUAAUUUUUAACUGAUUCAGUUUCGGUAAAUAUGUACUUCUACUUAGCUUCUCAUUUACAUUGCGAGCGAUAAUGUUGCGAGAGUAAUGCAAUUUGAAUUCCAAUUAUGUUCAUUUGUGCUAACUCAGCUUUCAAGUCAGUUAGUCAAACAAUCAGUCGUUUAAGACCCUUCCAUAAGAGUUUAAUUAAUCGACUACUUGCAGACUAUUGUUAAAGGUCUACAUAAUAACUUCUAGCGGUCAGUUGUCGAUUAACAUUUUUAUAAAGAAAUAUAUAUUAAAGAAAAAACUGAUUUUAAGAAGACAAUUGUGUUGAAAAAUGAAUGCUAAUGAAAUCUGCAAACAAAACAAUGAAAAUGAACACAUCCAGUAUAGUCCAGCAGUUUUAGCAGCUAACUCUGUCGAUUCGAUACGUUUUAACCUAACAAAUGAUUGGAAUAUUCUAAGCUCGAUUUAUGAUUUACUGGUGGAUGAAAAGGCAUUUUGUGUCGCCAGCCAGGAAUGGAGCGAGAAAAUUGUGCUAUUCGAGCAACCUAAGGAAUUAGAGAAAAUCAUUGAUUUGACGAUUGAUGAAAACAAAUCGCUAACCAUGCCUGAAAUAGAGAAAAUCUGUCGUCAAGUCAUAAAAUAUUCCGUCAAAACUAGCCACGGACGUUUUCAUAAUCAAUUGUUUGGACAGAUGGAUCCGUAUGGCUUAGCUGGAACUUGGAUUAGUGAAGCUCUCAAUACAAGUGCCUAUACAUAUGAAGUAGCACCAAUUUUUUCAUUGAUUGAAACUGAAAUAAUAAAAAGGAUUUGCGAAUUAUGCGGCUACGUUAAUGGUGAUGGUAUCUUUUCGCCGGGUGGCUCAAUAUCUAAUAUGUAUGGCUUGGCUUUGGCGCGUUAUAAACGUUUUCCUAAUAUUAAAACUGCUGGCAUGUUCGGUUUACCGCCUUUGGUAUUGUUCACAUCGGAGGAAUCUCAUUAUAGUUUAAAGAAAGCCGCACAUUGGCUGGGCUUUGGUAUGGACAAUUGUGUUGAGGUUACGACCAAUGAACGCGGACAAAUGUCUGUAGAAGAUUUGGAGGAUAAAAUAUUGCAAGUCAAAGCCGACGGGCGCGUGCCUUUAUUUGUUAACGCGACAGCCGGCACUACAGUGUUAGGCGCGUUUGAUGAUUUCGAAAAAGUGGCUGAUAUAUGCGAAAAGUAUGAUCUUUGGUUACAUGUCGAUGGUUGUUUAGGUGGAUCUGCGCUGUUUUGUUAUAAAUAUCGUCAGCUAUUGAAAGGUCUACACAGAUCGAAUUCAUUCUCUUGGAAUCCUCACAAGUCCAUGGGUGCUCCGCUGCAGUGCUCCCUUUUUAUAACUCGAGAGCUAGAAUUGUUGCCUAAGUGCAACAGUUUAGCGGUUGAUUACCUUUUUCAACAGGAUAAAUUUUAUGAUGUCUCCUACGACACAGGCAAUAAGAGUGUACAAUGUGGCCGUAAAGUGGAUGCGUUUAAAUUGUGGCUAAUGCUAAAAGCACGCGGUUAUGGCAGCUAUGGUCGAUUAUUGGAUCAUGCUUUAGAUAUUUCAAAGGUGUUUGUAGAUAAACUAAGGCAACGCGAAAGUCGCGGAUUUCGCUUAGUUAUUGAUGAAUUUCAAUACACAAAUAUCUGCUUUUGGUAUAUACCAGAACAUUUGAGGAAUCUAGAAGAGACCGAAGAAUGGAAGCAGAAAUUGUAUGAGGUGGCCCCAAAAGUAAAGGAACUUAUGAUACGCGAGGGCACACUAAUGUUGGGUUAUUGUCCUUUGCAGUAUCGUAAUAUAGGCAAUUUUUUCCGUAUGGUCUUCACCUGUUUUCCGGUAAUAACAGACUCCGAGUUAGAUUUCAUUUUAAAUGAAAUUGAACGAUUAGCCGAGCAACUGCACAAAGAUAUCAAUGGUUUCGUUUAAAGCUUACAAAUGUCUUCUGCUUUACAUUUCAAUUCUAUGGCUGCCACGUAUAAAUUUUUUGUUGCCUUUCACAACAAUUAAUACAACAACUUCGAUAUAUUUUUAUUUUUCUUCUUUGUCUUAUAAGACUGCAUUUAAUAUUUAAUAAAACUGAAUG